AUGAGAAACAUGCCUCCGGACCAUUCCCCUGAGCAAUGGCCCACAACAUCUCUACCGACAACGACAACAUUGAUACCUACUCCCACUCCCACCCAUGACCCCCAAGCCGCCAUCUCCAAUCCUUCCCUCUUCACCCUCUCCAGGGACCUGACCAACUACCUCCUCGGUCAAACUCCUUUCAUCACUGAUCACCCCUUCACUACCCUCUUCGCCGGCGCUGCUCUUGCUCUCAGUGCACGCUUUAUCUCCCGCGAUCGCACGCGCCGCUCGCGCCGAAACGUGCAGCUCGCCGUGUUCCACAUUUUAAAGAUUCUGCAGGCCCAUCCGCAGUAUUACAAUAAUGUGUCGGAGGAGAAUAACUGGACUUUAGUUCUCGCGCAAAUUGAGACUGAGGUUGAGAGGGCGGUAAAAGCGGCUCACUUGUCAAAGGAUGAGGGCAAGAAAGUGACGAUAGCGCUGAAGCGCAAGUUGUGGGAUAAGAAUUGGGCUAACACGAAGAGCAUGGAAGGGGAGUCGGUGGCUAAGCGCCGGAAGCUGGACACAGAUCAGGUAGAGGAUGAUGUGGCGAGGGACCGGUACAUGGAGGAUAAGGAUCCUAAAAAGCUAGAGAAGAAGAAGCCUAAGAGGCCUAGUUUUCCCCCACCGAAAACGGGAGAAGAUAGGCAGGAUGACGAUGACGAUGACGAUGAUGGGAGACCGCCGCCCGGUGGGGGUCGUGUAAAGGGUCGUCCAGGGACACCAUAUCCAGUCGGUAUUAUGCCUCCUCCAGGGACAACAUACCAGGGUGAUAUUCCUAGCAGUCUGGAUGAGCAUCCCCAGCUGCAUCCAAUCGAGUCGUAUCCGAACGGAAGACAUGAGGAUGAGGAUUCAGAUGCGGGACCGGGCUUACCUCCGGUGAAUCCACCCACCGACGGUAGUUCUUUGCAUCCUCCUGCUACAGCAACACCAUAUUUCAAUAUUGGGUCAAUUCCAUCUGGUUCAAAUUUACCGGCUGCAAAUCCUCCUUCUCCAGACGCAAAUCCUUCACCUCCGAACCGAUCCGACCAACCACCAAUGCCAUCGAAUCGAGUCCCCUUCACAGAGACUCCUCCCUCGAUUGAAGACAGAGUACGUACUAUUGGUCCAAUCGGGAAGGAAUGGUGGCCAUGCGAGUUCUGCAAGCGCAUGAUAUGGGUUCCGGCAUGGCAGAAGCACGUUGUGAAGGAUAGUCACAUCAGAAGGAAGGAGAAGGCUGGGAUGAAGCGACGGCAGAAUCAGAUGAACGCUUCGAAGCCGCCUUCUGCAGGUCCGCCUGCGAAGAAGGGAGCGGGGAAGAAACCGGCACAAGAUGCCCCGAAGACCGUGCCUCCCGGCGAGGAUCCGAAUGCUGGGUGUAGAUACUGCGGACUAUGCAAUUUGCAGAUUCCCUUGGAAAGGUGGGAUGAGCACUUGGAAUCACCCCGUCACCAACGUAUGAUACCGAGACCGGACGACGCCCCAGACGAUGACUUAGAUGACGAUCCGGAUAACGGGCCAGACGGUAACACCGACGCCUUCGGUCAGCAGAUCAGACCUCACAAGACCAAUACGCCUGCUCCCCCGACCCUAGACGGGUCGACCCCCGCACCACCUUCAUCUCAGGAGCUGGACACUAUAAGGCGCACGAGCCAGGAUGCGCUCGCAAAUCCCGUCUCCACCAACGUCACCGUCGCUCCCGAUGGCCAAGUAACACUCACAAGUCCUGUCUCCACCAACGUCAUUGUCGCCCCAGACGGUCAACCAAACUUUCCGCUCUUAACCCCCGCCGUCAAUAGAAGACAUCAAGUGCAAGUCACCCCCGGUGGCUUGUUAGCCCGUGCAGAGGAAAAGGCCUACCACACCGUAGGUCUGAAAACGCCCCAGCAAUACUACAGCGCGGCGAAAGAGGGGUUGUCACCUGUUCCUGAACUUGAGGAAGGGGACGAAGGGUUUGGAACUCCGAAAUUGCCGCCGCGGAGACAGUCGACUCGGUUGAAGAAUCUGGUGAAUGCUGCUGAUGCGAAGAAGGCGCAGGUCAAGAAGCCGGCUUACAAGGUGGGGAAGAGGGUAUACAGUAAAAAGGCUAAGCUGCCCGGGCGUUCGGACCCACUAGAGUUCUUGGACGAGGAAGGGCUUGGGGAUACGUUGGAUGAGUCGCGUCUCCAGGAGGAUGUACUUGCGGCGGAGAAUGUGGCGGAAGUUACGGAUGCGGCUGCUAAAGAUUCAGUGGAUCCGGAAGAAGAAGGGGAAGCACAUGACGAGGACGACCUGUACAGGGAUGAUAGUCGAGUUGAUCGCCCUCUUCCUGCUAAUGAAAAUGGGACGAAUCCAUUCGAAGGCGUGGAGUUAGCAAGCAACGACGGCCAAGAUGAUGAUCUCUAUGCAAACGAUGGCGCUGCCCCAGCUAAAAGGCCAACUAAACGAGACUCUUCUCGCGUUCCCGUCCGCCGUAACCCCUCUCGUGCCCUCGCCAACUUCGCCACGGGUACGCAUCCCCCCACGGCGCCGCGCUACUUCCGCCCCAGCGCCCGGAUCUGCUCCACCGCCGGCGAAAAAACGCGGUCGCCCACCUGGAUCGAAGAACAAGCCCGCCGCAAAGGGAGCAACAUCCAGUCGUACGUCAUCGGUCAAUAG